CCCCCGCCGGGACCCCCCCCGGCCCCGCCGCCGCCGCGCACCUGGGGCGAGCCGGGCUGGGGCCGGGGAUCGGCUUUUCCCUAACGGGAUUAAGCGGCUCUCUGUGACUUUUUCCGCGCUAAAUCCUUGGCGGGAGAGUGCGAUACUACGUGGGAAGCGGGGGAGAUGUCACCGAUGAAUCAGGGGUUUGUUUACCCGGUUUUUUGGCCGCCGGGGGGGCGGGUCUGCCGGCGGCGGGGGGUUUCGGGCUGCCUUUGUUGCACACGGAAUUCCUGACAUCUUUAUGUUGGCACGUCCCGAGUGGAUUCCAGCCGUGCCUCGGGCUUUGGCUAACUGGGUCAGGGGAGGUUUCAAGUUAACAGGGAACUGUAAAACAAAGGAACAGGCGGUUCCAGCAGCCAGACGCUUGAUUGCCCUCCUAAAGCGCCUUGGCAUCGGCCUUGUUUGCGGUGCCGGAGCCCAGGUACAUCGGAUUUGCGUCGUGGAGUGUCAGGGUUGAUGUACCAGUGUUACGCGCUUGCUUUAUUAAGGAGCCCUGCCCUUGCUUUCCCCCUGCUUGAAACCUGUUUCCUCUGCGUAUUUUUCCAAAACGAAAAAGUACACGCUGUCUGAACACACUUGUGUAAGAGCCCUGCGCUCGUCUUUCAGAUUGGUUAUCUGAAAACUUUUCAUACCUCCAGCGUUGCUUUCUAAUGGUUUGCUGGCUUAAAACAGCUGCAGUCUCUGAACAACCGGCUCCCUAGCUUCGCUUUGUAAACUGGUGUGGAAUCCAACAGCUAGGACAAGUAUCUGAAAGCUCUCACCCCCCGCAGCUGCGCUCCAGCAGAAGCCACCAAUGUCUGCUUUGCUUUAACCUUUGGAUGUAAUAAUUAUCAAGGCGGUGUGGUUUGAAACAAAUUAAAAUGACUUACCUUUUCUUUUGCUCAGCAAAGUUCUAUUGUAAAGGUUUAGGACUGUGAUUCAGCUGUGGCUCAGAGAAAAGGAAAUAAAAACAAACAUGUGCUGCGACUGAUAAAAUCACUUCUUUUGUUUCUGGAGCAUUCAUAGACUAAGGAUCUACCUGUAAACUCUUCCAAGCAAUGACCCUUGUCAGGAUCCAUGAGAUCUGCGUGUCAAGGAUCAGGUGCUGGAAAGCAUGGGAAGUCUGCUUGCGUAAAUUGAUAUUCACUGGGAGCAAACUGCUGCACUGCCAUCUCCUUGUGAGUGGGACUGGGAGCACAGCUGUACAUCAAGCCCAAAGCAUCUCACAGCAAGUAGACAGAGAUACUCAAAAAUCAUCGUUCCUCACAAGGCCCCAGGCAUGGAAGAGCUGAUAUGGGAACAGUACACUGUGACCUUACAAAAGGAUUCAAAACGAGGAUUUGGGAUUGCAGUUUCUGGCGGCAGAGAUAACCCUCAUUUCGAAAAUGGUGAAACAUCGAUAGUAAUUUCAGAUGUUCUCCCUGGUGGUCCAGCGGAUGGAUUACUUCAAGAAAAUGACCGGGUGAUCAUCGUUAAUGGAACCCCAAUGGAAAAUGUUCCACAUUCUUUUGCAGUCCAACAGCUUAGGAAAAGUGGAAAAGUGGCCACCAUUGUGGUGAAAAGACCAAGGAAAGUGCAGGCUGCGGCACUGAGGAGAAGCCCCUCCCUUGACUAUGAGGACAGAGCUUUAGAUGUAAUGGAUGACCAUGCAGAAUUUGACGGCAAAAGUGCUCGAAGUGGCUACAGCGAGAGAAGCUGGCAUAGCGGUAAUGGAGGUCGCAGCCAAAGCUGGGGAAACAGCCUGGAUCAGAGCUAUAGAGAUGAACACGACAGAGGGCGUAACCGAAGCAGAGACCGUGAUAGGGAAAGCGCCUACAACCGUGAUCGAAGUCGUGGUAGGAGCGUUGACAGGAGCUUGGAUCGAGAUUAUAGAAGAGAUCGUAGCAGGGGAAGGAGCAUUGACAGGGAUGGUGGCUAUGAACGAGACUACAGAGGAGACUACAGUCCAUCCAGUUAUAGUCAUGGAUCUCAACCUGAUCCUAGAUAUGGGAGAGAAGCGAGGAGUCAAAGUCAGGACAGACUUCGUUCCCGAAGUCCUUCCCCUGAAAUACACCAUCAACAUGAGUAUCUAGGACCGCAGGAUCAGAAUGGACCGAUCAGUGUUCUCUUAACAAAAGGCAGACAUAAUGAAGAAUAUGGUCUCCGGCUUGGAAGUCAGAUCUUCAUAAAAGAAAUGACCCGUACUGGCCUAGCAACCAAAGAUGGCAACCUUCAUGAAGGGGAUAUCAUUCUCAAGAUUAAUGGUACAGUGACAGAGAACAUGUCUUUAGCUGAUGCCCGGAAGUUGAUUGAGAAGUCACGGGGGAAGCUCCAGCUGGUUGUCCUCAGGGACAGAAAACAGACACUGCUCAACAUUCCUUCACUGAACGACAGUGACUCAGAAAUGGAUGAUAUUUCUGAAAUAGAGUCAAACAGGUCAUUCUCCCCACAAGAUGACAGAUUACAUCAUUCUGAUCUAGAGUCACAUUCAUCCAAUGAAAAGCUGAAAGAGAAACCAAAUGCAAAAGAUGAUCCAUCCAGCAGGAUGUCCAGGAUGGGAGCAAUGCCUACACCAUUCAAAUCAACUGGUGACAUUGCUACUCCUGCUGUUACAGUUGUAGACACAAACAAAGAAGUGAAGUACCAAGAUGAUCCAGGAGUGUCUCAACCAAAAGCAGUUACAAGAACAAUUCUUAAACCCAGCCCGGAAGAUGAAGCAAUAUAUGGUCCUAAUACAAAAAUGGUGAGAUUCAAGAAAGGAGACAGCGUGGGUUUGCGACUGGCUGGCGGAAAUGAUGUAGGGAUAUUUAUUGCUGGAAUUCAAGAAGGUACCUCAGCUGAUCAGGAGGGACUGCAGGAAGGAGAUCAGAUUCUUAAGGUAAAUACUCAAGACUUCAGAGGCAUUGUUCGAGAAGAUGCUGUUUUGUAUCUCUUAGAAAUUCCCAAAGGUGAAACAGUGACAAUUUUGGCUCAAAGCAAAUAUGAAGUUUACAGAGACAUCAUGGCCUGUGGCAGAGGAGACUCAUUCUUCAUCAGGAGCCACUUUGAGUGUGAAAAAGAGUCACCACAGAGCUUAGCAUUCACCAGAGGCGAGAUCUUUAGAGUAGUUGAUACACUGUAUGAUGGCAAACUGGGAAGCUGGCUGGCUGUGAGAAUUGGAAACGAACUGGAAAAGGGCCUCAUUCCAAAUAAGAGCAGAGCUGAGCAGAUGGCCAGUGUUCAAAAUGCUCAAAAAGAUGGCUCAAGCGAUAGGGCAGACUUCUGGAGAACACGUGGCCAGCGAUCUGGAGUGAAGAAGAAUCUGAGGAAGAGUCGUGAAGAUUUGACAGCUAUUGUAUCUGUGAGCACAAAAUUCCCGGCUUAUGAGCGAGUUCAGUUGCGUGAGGCUGGUUUUAAGAGACCUGUGGUGAUAUUUGGCCCUAUUGCAGAUGUUGCUAUGGAGAAGUUGUCAAAUGAUUUGCCUCACCUGUACCAGACAGCAAAGACAGAACCCAGAGACGCAGGUUCAGAGAAGUCAACUGGGGUAGUGCGCUUGAACACUGUGAGGCAAAUCAUUGAGCAGGAUAAACACGCUCUGUUGGAUGUGACUCCUAAAGCGGUGGACCUGCUAAAUUAUACCCAGUGGUUUCCAAUCGUGGUCUUCUUUAACCCAGACAGUAAGCAGGGUGUGAAAACCAUGAGACAAAGGCUAUGUUCCACAUCAAACAAGAGCUCAAGAAAACUUUACGAGCAAGCAAACAAGCUGAAGAAAACUUGUUCCCACCUCUUUACAGCCACCAUCAAUUUGAAUUCAGCCAAUGAUAGCUGGUACGGUAGUCUGAAAGAUACAAUUCAGCAACAGCAAGGAGAAGCAGUAUGGGUAUCAGAAGGGAAGAUGGAAGGCAUGGAAGAUGAUGCGGAUGAUCGUAUGUCUUACCUUACUGCAAUGGGUGCUGAUUAUUUGAGUUGUGACAGUCGACUGAUCAGUGACCUCGAGGAUACAGAUGGAGAAGGAGGUGCAUACACUGACAAUGAACUCGAUGAGCCUUUGGAUGAGCCAAGGAUUUCAUCCGUUAGCCGGUCCUCUGAACCUGUGCAUCAUGAGGAGAGUUUAAAAAAAUUUAGUCCAGAACCAAGGACUCGGUUGAGAAAAGCUGGUAGCAGGGAGAUCCUUAGAGAACCAAGUCCACCUCCAGCCUUCAAGCCUGAGCCACCUAAGGGAAAGUUACAAAACAAAGAGGAUCUAUAUGACUUCCCCAAGAACUAUGAUUCCAAAUCAAGUAACGUUGCUGGCAGCAGUGAGACUUCAACUGUAUCAGCCAAAGCAGCACCACCACCUGUUUCUGUGAAACCAGCCUUUGGGCGUCCCAUCCUGAGGAACACUCAACAAGCAGUCCCACCUGCAGAGGAGGAGGAAGAGGCAAAGUUAGAAGAGGAAGGAAGCGAACAAGAAAAUACUCCAAAAUCUGUACUGAGGAAAGUCAAAAUAUUUGAGGAGAUGGAUCAUAAGGCGAGGAUGCAAAGAAUGCAAGAGCUACAAGAGGCCCAGAAUGCCAGGCUUGAAAUAGCCCAGAAGCACCCGGAUAUUUAUGCUGUCCCUGUCAAAACACAGAAGUCUGAACAGAGCUGGCCCCAGCCUAUGAGCUCCAGACCUCCAGAACCCCAGAAACCUCCUAUGAGACCUUACCUAGAGAACCGUGGCAGUUACGGCAGCGAUGCAGAGGAGGAGGAGGAGUACCGUCGGCAGCUAUCAGACCACUCUAAGAAGGGGUAUUAUGGACAGCCAUCCAGAUAUAGAGACACAGAGUUGUAGGCUUGCUAGCAUGUGCAUGUAUAAUGCUCUUUUGAGGUUUCUUCCUUCCCAGCCAAAGUGGAGCAGUAGUUAGUCUUGAAAAACUGUAUUUUUAUUGAAGAUGCCGUUAGAGGGUACGUACACUACUGAAUUCAGACAUAUCUAUACGCUGGAACUGGAAGAGUUCGUUUUUGGGGAUAUUAUUUUGUUAGCAUCUAAGAAAAGAAAUCACUAUUGCCUGAAUGCUGUUGCCUGUUUUAUAAGGACCAAAUCCUGUAAGUUUGUGUUAAUUCUUGGUAUUUUCAUAUUUUAACAUAAAAACCUUUUUUUCCUUUUCAUUAAUGCUGCCUUUUUGGACUGUUCUGCUGUGUUAUGAAAGUAUGCUCCUAGAGAUACACUUCUUAAUGCAAUAGAACUAAAUCUGAAAGAGUAUUUGAAGAACAGUAAGUGCCUUUAACAAGAAGCAUCUUAAACUGUUUUGUUUUGACAUCUGAUUCUUGGUGCAAAGCCAUAACACACUAAAAGGGGAUUGACUGUUUUACCUAUCUCUUUUUUUUUUUUUAUCAGGAUCAUGGUAACAACUUCCCUUGCAUGUUAUUUUUUCUAAGUUCAUAGAUAAAUAUGCAAUAUUUCAUAAAUACUGACUGUACAUAAUAAAGGUGCAAUUGACUGGGUUGCUUGAAAAGACCAGGAUGUGCUUAAAAAGAGAAAAUGAUGUAGAAAUUCAAUCAUGUAUUAAAAUUUACACAGACUGAAAAUAAUAAAGGCUAUAUUCUAGACAAA